CCCUGGCGCGCGAACGUCCGCUUUCAUUUUACUGUUCGACAUAUUAUCGCGUUCCGACGGAUUUGACAGAUUUCGGACGAACUGCAGAACGAUUCUUCAGGACGUUCUCUAAAAAUCUGAGCGAUUCUUCUGAACGGUCUCCGAAUGUCGGAAUGAUUCUUCAGAACGUUCUUUAAAUGAUUUGCCGAGGUGUAAAUUAAGCCUGGAAUAGUCACAGCUCCCCAGUGAGAAAACAACAGAAGGGCCGUGAAGAUCAGCCCUAAUGGAAGAGACAGAAACAGAGCUGACCUGCUCCGAGCAGGAUGCUUUAGGAGCAGACUUCAUCACGGUGGAACUUGACACCCAGCCCAUCGAAUAUGUGGUCAAGUGGGCCGAUGUGGGCUCCAAAUUCACUAUAGCCUGCGUGAAAAAGGAUUUGGACGAGGCUGCCUGCUUCACCUCUGAUCAGAUGGUCAAAGUGGAACCGGAUGAGACGUUCUUCGUCCCUUACGAAGCGGUGUACCCAGAAUGUGACGAGGUGGAUCCAGAUUUGAUUCCGACGCAUGAGGAGGAGGUGGGCAGCGAGUCGGACUUCAAUGACAACACGGAAGCGGGGAAUAGCCAGUUGUGCGAAGAAGAGGACGUUUCGGAUAUUUGCUGGGAGAGGGAGGUGUCUCAUGCUAGAACGUAUAACUGCCGCUUCUGCGGCAAGAGCUACAGCCAUUCCUCCAGUCUCGCUCGCCAUCUGCACGUUCACUCGGAUAGAUCGUCCCUCUCUUCCUCUAAAGAUUUCAGCAAGUUGUGCGACAGCAAAAAGUCUCUACAGUGCAAUCUAUGCGGGGUGCGGUGCAACGGCAAGCGGCUUUUGGCGAUACACAAGAAAUGCCACAAAACCAAGAGACUGCACACAUGCAACACAUGCGGAAAAUCGUUCAAUCACAGCUCUAGUCUGUCGCGGCAUCGGUUGAUCCACAAAAAGGGCCUGGAUAAGAUCGUCCGACCGUUAUACCCGACUCCAACCCCAGCUCCCAUCGUAACCCAGCACAGUUUCUCGUCCGGCCACGGGACGAGUAAAAGAACGGUCGAGAAGCAGUACCAAUGCGCGCAAUGCGACAGGGUCUUCAGUCACUCCGCGGGACUCUCCAAGCACCAGGUGGCUCACGUGAGACAGCUGCUCAACUCGUACACACAUGGCAAAGACUCCCUCGACAAGUCCUCGGACCUCAAGAUCCGCUUGAAGCUCUGCUCCCGCGACAAGCCCAACUACUACACCCUGUGCAAGAAGAACAAGCACGGUAAAGGGGGCAAGAAGAGGUUGUACCUCCCGAAUGAGGAGCGGCCGUACCCCUGCCUCAUUUGCAACAAACGCUUCAGCCACACCGCCAGCCUCUCGCGGCAUGAGCACACACACGCCAGCAACAAGUGCUACGCCUGCAACGUCUGCAAGAAGACCUUCGUUCGGCUCUCCAACCUCAAGCAGCACCAGCAAACGCACGCUACGGGAAAACUCUACAAGUGCCCACAGUGCGGGAAAACUUUCGUUCACUCCUCCAGCUUCUCGCGCCAUAAGAAGGUCCACGCGGCGAUGAGCCUGUCUGCGAAACAGGAAGCCGUUAGGUGCGAAGAGGAACUAGUCAUCGAUGAGGUGGCCCCGCUGGAAUACGAGUCCGAGUGAGAAAGACCGAGGCGCUAGAACUGUCAAGGCUUAGCUGAUGGGGAAAAAUGUUGUUUUUUUUUUGCUUUGUUUUUGAAAUCGUAAUUUGGGUGUGGUUUCAAUUAUAACCCUUUUCAGCCACUUUUAGGGGAUAUAGUAGACACCUUUGUUAAUAUAAUAGUGUUUUUUUUUUUUUUGGUUGACAUUCCUUUUUGUUUUGUUCAUUCGGUUUAUUUGCAAGCCAAAUUUAUAUCUCUGAAAUUUUAGGUAUUAACAAGAAAAUCAUCAGAGAAAAGCAGAUGGCAUUGGCAAUGCAGGUGUUAUUUAUUUUUAUUUUUCUUAUUUUUGUCGUGCUUGCACUGAAUCUGUGAACCCAAAAUAUUAAGUACUUAUUGGAGUAGAGGGCGGUGAAGGGCAAAGGUAAUAUUAGAUUCAAGUUUGUUAGUUGGAAACCAGAGUUUUGUAUGCAAGAAGUAAAUUUAUAUGCAAUUUACUUGAACGUUGUUCCAUCGAGUGUGCGGUUUGAAUCAGUUAUUUCUCCUGUAAUUUAUAUUUAGUGACCUAAUUUCAAGGCUUUUCUUAGCUGAAGUCUGGAGACACAAAAACAGGUUUUGCUGUUUGGUUUCAUGGGAUAUUAACAAAAAAAUGUAUACAGUUCCAGUUUAAACCGCUGGACGAGUGCAAAUUGAGAAGCUGUAAUCUGGACUAACAAGUGUUUUGGGGUGUUUUGAUUGUUCUGGAUUUGACUAGUUUCCUUAACAUGUUGUCUUUGGUACUUAUUUCCUCUUUGAUGUUCUUUUGUCAAAAUAUGAAAUCCAUUGUGUCCAUGGAGGGUAUUUAUAAAAAAAAAAAGAAAAAAAAAAUGGAUGCUCAUUGGACACGGAUAUGUACAGAUGCACUUAAAAUAUCGUUCAUAUAAAGUUGUGUGUGCACUUGAAUGAAUAUGAGAAAAGAAUAUACCCGCAAAAUGUGUGCUUUUUACUUCCGCUGUAUAUGUGUAAAAAGUUGCAGUUCUAAAAAGAAGUUCUAUCUGAUUUAUUUUUCUGUAUCUGCAUAAGUUAAGGAAUAGCCAAGGGAUUUCAUAUUUUAACAAGCAUUGCACUAUUGUAUUUAUAGACAGAAGCACUACAUACUUAGGAAAUUGGAACGCGACUGGAUCUCCCGGUUAAAACCUCAAACGAAUGAGGCACGGAAAUAUCUUCCACGCAUUUUGAAAAAUUGAUCAAGUGCCCUCAGCUACUUUGUGUAAGACCAAAGCUCUUCAAUGCAACACAGAAGACCUGGAGUUCAGCUCAUCAAAGGUGUUUAAUCAGCCUCAUGUUCGAUGUUCAUAUGCGUCUGGACUUUUGCUCACCAUUUGCUAUCUGAAUGGAAAUUGAAUAGCAAUUACUAACAUAUUUAUGGUGUUUGAAAAUGAGACGCUGAGGAGUGUUGGGAUGCUCGUACGAAGCACAGAAGACACUGUUUGCACCCAGAAUGAUGUUAUUAAAAAAGAAAAAAAGCUCUUGGUACUCGAUAGUUUUUUGAGUUCCUGGUUGUUUUUAAAUAUUCCCAUUGUUCUUAAAGCAUAAGUCAUAUCCCCCAGUCUUAUGGAUCUUUUAUUGCCAUUGUUUUUAAUUCUUUCCAAUAAUAUAAGGUUUAUCGCUCUCCUAUCCACACUUCUCAUGUUUUGAUUUAAAUUUGUCAAUUUUCUUUUUCAAUUGAUGUAGCUAUUUCAUCUCUCAAUGCAGCAGACCUACAUCUUGCAUAAAGAUGUAUGUUUUUGUAUUGUGUUUGCCAUUAGAUAACAGUUUAAGAGUUCUGUCUUGCAUUUUUGUAAUAAAUAAUUGGUU